AUGUAUGACUUCGAGACAAUUUCUUCCAUGCUAAUGAUCAUCUGUAGUAUUUUUGGAAUACUAUUUGCGUUUAUAUUCAUUCUUAUCGUUUUGAUACAUCGUCAAUGUCAAACAUUAACCAUCUUUCUCGUACUAAAUUCAACGUUAGCUGGUCUUCUCGCGAAUGUGGCGUGUAUUAGCCAAGCAAUUUAUCAGUUGUUAGGUGUGGGUAAUGAUCGACUAUGUGCCGUUCGUGGUCUCUUGUUACAAGCAGGAACAGGUGUUUUAUAUCAUACUCUGUGUGUACAAGCAUUCUAUCGUUUAUUUGUAACUGUGUAUUCAACGCGAAGAUAUUUACAAACUAAACAAUUUAUCGGAUUGAUCGUUUUAAUACAAUGGAUCUUUUCAGCAACUUUCGGACUUCCAAUUCUUUUUACUGGUCGUAUUACAUAUCAAGCAGGAAGUCGAAUAUGUCAGGUUUCAUUAGAAGAUGUUAGCUUUGUCUACUUUUCACUUGUUAUAUUCUUCCUUCCAUUGAUUAUUAUUAUUAUUAUCUAUUUUCAAAUUGUUCAAUAUAUGAAACGAACGCCAUUCUCAACAGGCAAUCGCUUAAACACUUCGGUAAAUGAUAUCCGCCGUCAGUCUGAACUUCGUCUCAUUCGUCGUAUAUUAACUCUUGUGAUUAUUCUAUUUCUCCUUGGCUUUCCUUAUUCUCUAUUCUAUCUCUUAAUUCAUCUUCAUAUUAUCUCUCCAUGGGCAUAUAUGGCACGUGUCAGUUAUCUAUUCAUUACAUUUGGUCAGAGUGCCAGUAUGUUGAUUAAUUUAAUUACCACCGAUGAUGUACGAAAUUGUUUGAUUGAUGUCAUACGGAAAUGUUCUACGAGAGAGAAUCGUGUACAACGUGUGAAUACGUGA